UGGGAUAAUAAAUAAAAAAUUUGAUCGGACCGGUGAAUGGUUUUAGUCAUGUCAUCGAUGACGGAGAAGCAGAGAGAUCCACCACAGCAAGAGAUUGAAGAGACGACUCCGUUACUCGACGAUUCUCAACCGGAAGGUGAAUUGAGAUCGACGACCGCGGCGGCGAAGGUACCGGAGGUGGAGAUCCAUCUGUAUAAGUGUGGAAAAGGUCCGAUCGAUGUGUUCAAGUCAAAUCUCGGUGGUUAUGAGCAGGAUCAACUCGAGGUUCGAUCUAUUCUUGAUAAAUAUGGAUUGAAAUCAAUCUUCGCUUUCAACGUUGAGAAAGGUCGUGCUUUUCCGAUCCGAUUUCACCCUAGGAAUGGUCGGUCUGUGUUGCCUUAUAGGGAUGGUGCCGUCAUUUACAUCGACGGUGAACCUCAGGAUUCCCUGCUCAAACCCAUCACAAGAAUCAUUCUCGGGGUCGUGAUUGUUACGCUCUUAAUAACAUUUUUAUUGAAAGACCCUCCAGCGUGGAUCAAGAACAACGUCUCCAUUGGUACUUUUCCUCCGUGGGUGCUCGCUUGCAUAGUAAUAGUAUUCACUCGAGCUAGGAAGAGAACCAGAGACUUCUUCAAGAAGUAUGGCUGGUAGUUUCGCAGACCCUAACACUCGUCUUGCUUGAAAUGUGGUCGAAAUUUGUAGUCCUUCAUCGACCAUAUAUAUAGAGGUUUUCUUGUCUUAACCCAACAAAUUCCUUUCCUUGGCAACACUCUUUGUCUUUGAUAAGCCUUGAGGCGCCAAAUUGCUUGCUUUCAGAACUAAGAGAGAGCAAGCAUUUUCUUCAUUUGCAUCUUGUUGAAAUUUUUAGUUUUAUGCAUUUCCAUGUGUAAUGUGAUGUGGUUAAAGUGGAUUUUGCCAUUUUGAUGGAAACUGAUAUUUUCUAAAAACCAAAAAGUUUGGUAGAGCUACAACAAGCCUGUCCAUAUUUAAUCUUUACAUUGCUCGUGAUAAUAAACUUACAAACUUGAUGAUAA